AUGGCGAGAAAGAGCAGUGUGUGGGAAUUCUUUAAAGUUCUUGAAGAUGAUGUGUCAAAAGCACAGUGUCUUUUAUGUGAACACUCAAAAGUGGUAGUCUCAAGAGGUGGAACAAAAUCAAAACAAUUCAACACUACCAAUCUCCGAAACCACAUUCAAAGCAAGCAUCCCUUAUCGUUUCACGAACUGUCUGCCAAGGAUGAAGCUAAAAAAAGAUCAAGCGAAGCUCUAUCCCAUGGCGAGACAUCUGGUAGUGCAAGGAAGGCAUUGAAAAGCCAAAUGUCAAUUCAAACAAGCUUUGAUAAAGCCCGUAUAUGGGACAUCAACAGCAGCGCCGCAAAGAGAGUCACCCAGUUGAUUGGCGAGAUGAUAGCACUAGACAACCAGCCCUUCUUGAUGGUAGAAGACCUAGGAUUCCAGAGGCUCAUGAAACAUGUGUCUCCGUUCUAUCAACUACCAAAUCAAUUUCACUUCAGCGACAAAGUCAUCCCGAAUCUCUUCGAAAGGGCAAAGAAAGCCACCUCGGAAAAGCUUUGUGAAAGUGAAAGCAUCUCAUUCACCUCUGAUAUAUGGACUUGCCAACACACAAACAAUUCGUACAUCAGUCUUUCAGCCCAUUGGGUAUCAGAUGUGGUUCCUUCCAUCAGUUCCAUGCAAUCUUUUGUGUUGCACUCGAGCCUGUUCUCGGGAAGUCAUACUGGACCUGCAAUUGCCAACAAGUUUGAAGCCAUGCUCGAAACAUGGGAAAUACCUGCAUCAAAAUGCCAUAUGGUAAUCACUGACAAUGGAGCAAACAUGGUCAGUGGAAUUGAAAUAGUUGGUUUAACGAGAGGGCCUUGCUUUCUUUAUACUUUACAACUCGCAAUCCAGGAUGGCAUCAUGUCACAGCGAAGCGUUUCUGAUAUGAUCGCCAGAAGCAAGAGAGUUGUUACACAUUUCAAUCACUCGGCAUUGGCAUGUGAUCGACUCUCCAAGAUCCAAGAAUUAAACCUCCCUAGGAAGAAGCUAAUCCAGGAUGUUCCCACACGGUGGAAUUCAAAGUAUUAUCUCCUUCAGCGAUUGCUCGAGAUGAAAAAUGCAAUUGUACUAUAUGCAACGGAGCAUGACAUUCAAACACCAAGGCCAAUGAAUGGAAAUUGA